AUGGGUAACGAAUUUUCUCAACACCACGAAAACGUUGAUAUAACGGCGAGCACGCAUAACUCGACGAGUUGUAGUUUAACAACGGCACCCUUGGUGUCAUUGUACGAACAAUCGAGAAUUCAACAUUCAAACAAUAACAACAAUAAUAAUUCAUCGACCAUCAAUGAAAAUGUAGAUAUUUGCUUCAUUUGUUCGGAUCCAAUAGAGAUUUAUUCGCUAUCUCAAUGUAAUCAUCGAACUUGUCAUUUAUGUACAUUACGAACAAGAGCUUUACUUGAAUCAGACAAGUGCGCAUAUUGUAGGACUCAACAAGACGAGGUUUUGUUUACACGGGAUUCAAAGAGAUCAUUCCAAGAAUUAAAAUCCUCAUCAAUCAGAUGGAUAACAAUCUCCGAUAUUAACAUUCUAUGCGAAAAUACAUCGAUUUAUCAUUCAACAUCUCGAAUGAUGGAAUUUCAGUGCCCGUCCAAGAAUUGCAACAUCAUAUGUAAUGACUGGCAUGACUUGGUAUAUCACGUACGGAUCGCUCAUAAUAAAAUGUUUUGCAACAUGUGUAUAGUAAAUCGAAAGAUAUUUUCAUUUGAACAUCAAUUAUACACACGAGAGGAACUCAUAAAUCAUUAUAAUGGCAACAACACGACAAAUUCGACGGCAGGCUCAUACUUUAAAGGACAUCCUUCUUGCACGGAAUGUAAUAUUCACUUUUUCGAUUCAACAGAAUUGUACGACCAUUAUGAAUAUGGCGAGUUCAUUGUAUAUGGUUGGGGGAAGAUGCGUAAUGUUGGUUAUGUAUUUAAUGAUAAUAUUUUGGGUGUUGAAGGGGUGGUUCUUUAUAAUGAGUUGGGUACUUUAUGGGAUGUGUUUAAUGAUGUUUGGAAAAAUUUGUUGGGAAAAUUUAUCAAGGUCUUUAAUUUCUAG